CUACAUGCACUCGGGUUUCUGCUUUUCGCGGGAAUGUAGCAAGGCGCAAAGGAUCUCGAUACACGAAGCUUCAGCGGCCACUUCGUAUACAAACAAAUAGACAGCAUGCAUCGGCGGGUGGCACUACGAGCGACCGAAGAGGCGUGGGAGGUACAAGGAGAGGUAUGGGCGUGGAUGUCAGCUACUGCACCUUGCCCACAAAAGUUCAGCGUCGCAUGAGUCUCAGAGAUCCUGUUCGUACGCCCCUCGUGGUCUUGCUUCUGCUUGCUGUCUGUUCUGCCGGCGGUCUGCGCCUCAGCUGCACUGUCAUCCGAGCCGCUCCAGAGAUUGAAUCAUGGCGCACCGCUUGCUUCCCAUACCCCCUGUCUCUUCCGUCGAAGGUCCACCACACCACCAUUAGCUCGCCAUAUUACGAACGGCCACUGGGCUAGAGAGCCACAACCAGCAAGAGGCGUACUCGCACGCCAAACCAAACAUCUCGUCUCUGGACGUGCUGGAUACCGCUCCAAGGGGUUUGCAAAAAAAGCGAGACUAAUCAAACGAUCGGCACACAACGCCAUUAUUACGCACACCCUU